CGUGCCCGGAAGUGCUCCUACGGAAGCGGGCGGGGUCGCGCGCAGCUCUUCACCAUGGCGACGGCGGGGGCCCCGCGGCGCUUUUGCCGCUGCGCCUGCUUCUGCUCCGAGAACUUGUACGUGGCGCGCUACGGGCUGCACCUGCGCUUCCGGGGCGAGCAGCAGCUGCGCCAGGACUACGGCCCGAUCCUGCGCAGCCGAGGCUGUGUCAGCCCCGAGGACUUCCAGCAGCUGUUAGGAGAGCUUGAGCAGGAGGUGGAGCGGCGGCGGCAGCUGGGGCAGGAGUCGGCUGCCAGGAAAGCCCUCAUCGCACGCUCCUACCACCCGGUGCGACCCGAGCUCUACAGCGCGCUGCAGGAUGUGGCUCUGGCCCCCGAGUUUCUGGCCGCGGCUGAGUACAGCACAUCGCCAGGUGCAGACCUCAAGGGCCUUCUCCAGCGGCUGGAGACAGUGUCGGAGGAGAAGCGCAUCUACCGGCUGCCGGUGUUCACGGCACCAUUCUGCCAGGCCCUGCUGGAGGAGCUGGAGCACUUCGAGCAGUCGGACAUGCCCAAGGGAAGACCCAACACCAUGAACAACUAUGGGGUGCUGCUACAUGAGCUAGGCCUGGAUGAGCCGCUGGUGACGCCGCUGCGGGAGCGCUUCCUGCAGCCGCUGAUGGCCCUACUGUACCCAGACUGUGGGGGAGGCUGGCUCGACAGCCACCGCGCCUUUGUGGUCAAAUACGCACUGGGCCAGGACCGCGAGCUGGGCUGCCACUACGAUAACGCCGAGCUCACCCUCAACGUGGCCCUGGGCAAGGCCUUCACGGGGGGCGCCCUGUACUUCGGGGGCCUCUUCCAGGUUAGUAUGUGUGGACCGGGGGGCAGGGCCUGGGGCAGCCGGCAGUGCCCAGGCCUGAGCCCCGCUGUCCGCAGGUGCCCUCAGCCCUGGCCAGGCCCCUGGAGGUGGAGCACAUGGUGGGCCAGGGCAUUCUGCACCGGGGCGGCCAGCUGCAUGGGGCCCGGCCUCUGGGCACUGGCGAGCGCUGGAACCUCAUCGUCUGGCUCCGGGCUUCUGCUGUGCGCAACCGCCUCUGCCCCAUGUGCUGCCGCAAGCCUGACCUGGUGGACGACGAGGGCUUCGGCGACGGCUUCACCCGGGAGGAGCCCACCACGGUGGAUGUGUGUGCGCUGACUUGAGCCUGGUCAGGCCCAGUGCAGGGGUGGCACGGCUCGGAGGGCUCUGCCUCCUGGGGCUGGGCAGGCAGAAAUAAACUCCCUGCAUCCCUCUGCACUUCUGGGUUCAAAAGGACAUGCCUGCUUCUGGGUCAUUCUUUAAGCAGACAGGCUGGCUUAGGUCAGCUUUGUUAGAAGCAGAGCCUGCGGUGGGGCUUCCUGUGCAAGUGGUUUAUUGAGGAAAGACCCUCAGGAGAAGAGAGUGAGGGAAGCAGGAUGGGGCAGGAAGGAUCCGGGCCACGGUGUGGUUUC